GACCACUCAAAAAACCAAGGGGAAAUCUGUCUGAAAUUUCUCUCUCUGCAAAUGGAAACAAAAAUUCUUUUACAGCUACAAAUUCUUUUGAUAACUUAAUUCCAAAUCAGACAAGUGCAAAACAGGCAAAAGCAUUAGAAGAUGGUCCUACAAAUCCUCUAACUGGAAAUGAGUUUUCACCUUCAUACUAUGAAAUUUUGAAAACUCGUAGAGACUUGCCUGUUCAUUUUGAGAGAGAUGCAUUUUUAAAAAUUUUCCACGAGAAUCAAAUUGUUGUAUUUGUCGGUGAAACUGGUUCAGGUAAAACCACUCAGAUCCCCCAGUUUGUAUUGUUCGAUGAUCUUCCUCAUCUAAAGGAUUUGCAAAUUGCCUGUACACAACCAAGAAGAGUUGCAGCUAUGUCUGUUGCCAAAAGAGUGGCUGAUGAAAUGGACGUUAAGUUGGGUGAAGAAGUUGGUUAUUCUAUUCGUUUUGAAAAUAAAACCUCUGAUAAAACAAUAUUAAAAUAUAUGACUGAUGGUAUGUUAUUGAGAGAGGCAAUGGAUGACCAUGACUUGUCAAGAUAUUCCUGCAUAAUAUUAGAUGAAGCCCAUGAAAGAACAUUAGCAACCGAUAUUCUUAUGGGUUUGAUUAAGCAAGUCGCCAAAAGAAGACCCAAUUUGAAGAUUAUUGUAAUGUCUGCUACUUUGGAUGCUCAGAAGUUUCAAUCUUAUUUUAGCGAUGCUCCUAUUUUAGCUGUUCCAGGAAGAACCCAUCCAGUUGAAAUUUACUACACUCCAGAAUUCCAAAGGGAUUAUCUUGAUUCUGCAAUUAGAACAGUAAUUCAAAUUCAUGCUACAGAGGGAGCUGGUGAUAUUCUUUUAUUUUUAACUGGUGAAGAAGAAAUCGAAGACGCGUGCAGAAAAAUCUCUAUUGAAAGCGAAGAAUUAGUUAGAGAGCAUAACUGUGGUCCAUUGAAGGUUUAUCCGUUAUAUGGUUCUUUACCCCCUGCUCAACAACAAAAAAUUUUUGAACCUGCUCCUCCCUCUUUCACGCCCAAUGGAAGACCAGGUAGAAAAGUCAUUGUUGCUACUAAUAUUGCCGAAACAUCUUUAACAAUUGAUGGUAUUGUUUAUGUUGUGGAUCCAGGGUUUUCCAAACAAAAAGUUUAUAAUCCUAGAAUUAGAGUGGAAUCUCUUUUAGUUUCCCCAAUUUCAAAGGCCUCGGCUCAACAGAGAGCUGGUAGAGCCGGCCGUACAAGACCUGGUAAAUGCUUUCGUUUAUAUACUGAAAAUGCAUUCAAGAAAGAGUUACAAGAACAAACAUACCCUGAAAUUCUAAGAUGCAAUUUAGCUUCAACUGUCAUUGAACUCAAAAAAACUGGAGUAAAUGAUUUGGUUCAUUUUGAUUUUAUGGAUCCUCCAGCUCCCGAAACAAUGAUGAGGGCCCUUGAAGAAUUGAAUUAUUUGGGUUGUUUAGAUAAUGAGGGUGAAUUGACUUCAUUAGGUAGAUUGAUUUCAAUUUUUCCUCUAGAUCCAAUGCUUGCUGUUAUGCUAAUUAAAUCUUCCGAGUUUUAUUGUUCUGAUGAAAUUUUAACAAUUGUUUCUUUGUUGUCUGUUCCAAAUGUAUUUGUCAGACCUCCAAAUGCGAAAAAAGAGGCAGACGAAAUGAAAAAUUAUUUUGCUCAUUCUGACGGUGACCACAUAACAUUAUUGAACGUGUUUAAAGGAUUUAACUCUGAUGAAGCAAGAGAAAUGGGUGCACAUCGUUGGUGUCGAAAAUACUUUCUUUCUUAUAAAGCUUUGCAAAGUGCCGAUAAAAUUCGUUACCAAUUGCAAAGGCUUAUGGAGAAAAAUGAUUUAGAAAUAAAUUCAACUCCAGAAGAUAGCAGGUUUUAUUAUGAUAAUAUACAAAAGGCUUUAACAUCCGGUUUUUUCAUGCAAGUUGCAAAGAAAAAAAGUGGUGGAAAGGCAUAUAUGACUAUAAAAGAUAACCAAGAAGUUUUAUUACACCCAAGUACUGUCUUGUCAUUUGACAGUGAAUGGGUGAUUUACAAUGAGUUUGUUUUAACCACUCAAAACUAUAUUAGAACAGUGACAGCUAUAAAACCGGAGUGGUUGGUAGAACUAGCUCCUUUAUAUUACAAUUUAGAUCAUUUUCAAAGUGGUGAUGUCAAGCUAAGUUUAGAAAGAGUAAUAGAACGAGUUGAAAAAAGUAGAGAAAUAAAACAAUUAAAAUUGAAAGAAAAUUCAAAAAAAAACGGCGAUAAAUCAAAAUCGAAAUCAAAAUCAAAAUCGAAAUCAAAAUC